GUGAACGACGCAGAAAGCACGGGGGCGGGGGGGGUCACCCCCCCCCUUUCUCACUGCAGCAGGAUGGCCACCCUCAUCGGCCUCUCCAUCAAAGUGAAACUGCUCCGGUCCCUGCCCGAGAGGUUCAAGCUGGAUGUUCAUAUCACGCCAGGGACACAUGCCUCUGAGCAUGCAGUUAAUAAACAGCUGGCUGAUAAAGAACGUGUAGCAGCUGCUUUGGAAAACUCUCACUUACUGGAAGUGGUGAAUCAGUGUUUGUCUGCUCGAUCAUAA